ACGUCUUUGCACGAGCGGGCGGCAACCAAUCAGGAGCGGCCACAGUGUGUUUGGAAACAAACGUCCUCCUCGCUGAAGUCCCGUGUGACUGCCACCAGAAACAAACUGCUAGAUUCAGCAGAGAGUCCCACAAGUUACUCUUUAGACGAGACAACUUGCGUCGCUUUUGUUCUGUCUGCUCACAGAUUGUGUGACGGGGGCUCUUCCUAUUUUUUUGACGUGUAUAGUUGUAGCGAGUAAACGGAGAUAUCGUAAGCACGAGACUACAAGGAGUGAAAGAGAGUAACGUUAAAAUGGAUGUGGCGGAUGCUCAACAAAAGAUGUUUACUCUACUUAUUAAAACGCCCAACCAGGCUCAGGAGGACCAAACCGUCGAAGGCGUGUAUCCGAACUGGACUGUAAAGGACCUGAAAACGCAUUUGGCGACUGUUUACACGACCAAACCGGCUGUGAGUGACCAGAGACUGAUCUAUGCUGGUAAACUGCUGCCCGACCAUCUACAAAUAAAAGAUGUCUUCAGACAGACUGACUGCAUUCCCACAGUGCACCUGGUGUGUGCUUUUAGGAAUCCACCCAAGGGACCUCUGGGAGCUAGACCUAAGACCAAAGAGACAGAACAGCCACAUCCCACCAGUCCGAGGCCCACGGCAGCAUCUGCUUCACCCAGUCCCAGCAGCUCCUCCUCCACGGUCCAGACUCCCAGCACACCGGAGCUGAGGCAGAGGAGGCAGACCUCUCCGACCUCAGCUGCUGCUCCAGCUCACACACAUACCCCAGUGUCUCCACCAGGAACUCCUUCAUGGCCUGCUGUUGCAGUGCCUGGAGCACCACAGAUGACCCAACCAGCCUUUCCCACCUACUCCCUGUACAGCCCUCAACAGCUGCUGUGGCUCCAGCAAGUCUACGCUAGACAGUAUUACAUGCAAUACCAAGCAGCGUUGGCAGCAGCAGGCACCGUCCCCGCUGCACCACCUACAACCAUCGGCCAGUACCCUCCUGUUCCCGCCCACCAAGUACCUGUCCCAGCCGUCCCAGCCGCCUUAGCCAAUCAGCCAGCGAAUCCGAACCCAGCGCAGGACGCCGCUUUCAUCAACCCUGGUGAGGCCAACCAGAACAUGCGGAUGAACGCGCAGGGCGGGCCCGUAGUGGAGGACGAUGAGGAUGUGGAACGCGAUUGGCUGGACUGGUUGUACUCAGCUGCAAGAUUUGGCGUUCUGCUCAUGAUCGUGUACUUCAACUCCAACCUGACUCGCUUUCUGCUGGUGAUGAGCACCCUCCUCCUCAUGUACCUACACACUGUUGGUUGGUUUCCCUUCAGAAGGCCAGUGCAGGUCCAGGAACCCAACCUUGUGCAGCCCCCUGAAGUCCAGCACAACCAGCUGAAUGAGAACAGGAACCAAAACCCAAAUCCAGCUGACGAGCUUGCUGCCAGACAAAGGGAGGAACCUGCUGCUGCAGCAGACGGAUCAGAUGGACAAGAACCAAUGACGGCAGUUUUAGUGCCUCCUCACCGGGUGUCAGUCAUGUGGACCACCUGGGUUUUCUUCAAAACCUUCUUCUCCUCCCUCAUACCUGAGGUUCGUCAGGGUGUGGCCAACUGACCACCUAGGGCAGAUGAUUGAUGCUGGAGAUGCUUAAAAGCUGGUGGAAGGAAAAGGAAAACAUCUGGAGCUGUCAAUUCAAGAAUAAAUAAAACCAAGGCUCUUGUAGGUGUGCAUGUCAACAAUGACUGGGAUCUCCCUAUAGAGACAGAAUCUUGGACUAGUAGAGAUAAUUGCUCUUCCUUUUGAGUGAAAAACACAAAAUUAAAACACCAGCAAAAGAAAGCAGUGCCAGACCCUUGAAUUUACCCAAAUGUGGCCUGGAAACAAAGGACACGAAGGACUAGAUACAUCAGUCACAUUUUUAACCAUAAGAAAUUGUUUUUGGGAUACCAAUCCUGACCAAACAGCUUGUGUUGGUUUUUACCCCUCCCCAAGGUGUUUUUCUGUGUGACAAGGCCUUCUCCAUGAAACAACAGUAGGUGGCAGCUGAGGGUAAAAAACAAACCUGUUAGCUGACGCUGUUGGACUACUGUGCCUAAAUGAUUCUUCCUGUGAGGAGAUUUAUGUACAUGGGCUUUCUGAUCCCAUAGGAUUCCAAAUCAGCUUGUCUUGAGUUUUCAUAUUGAAGAAUAUGAUCCAGAUGGAUACUCACACAAUUAGAAGGAUUAUAUGAGCCAUGCUCAGUUGAAGUGAAAAUUCACACACAGACAGAAUUGGUUCUGUAUCUUAUGGCUAUCCAAAUCUAAAUUGUGUAGAGGGUUGGAUUUUUUCCAUACAAACUGUCCACACGCUGUGUUUGAUAGGAAAGAUGUUGUGUCCCAAAAGGAUUUGCGCUGAAUUUAUAGCAUUCAGAUAUUUUACUUGUUUUUUUUAAUCACCCUUUUCAAAGUAGGUUAUUAAAAAUUUGAUUUUGAAUUUCUGUAUUCAUAACAUACACAUUCACAAAAACGAUAUACAGUUGCUCAAAUUCAGUUGGUCUUGUUCGGUAUAGAAAUUCAAGUUAAGUCUAAAGUAUGUUUCUCAAAUUUAUCAGUUCAAUUAAGACCACAGAUUCAGAUUAUUUUGGCCUUUCUUUGCUUCCGUACACUGUGUAGUGUACAUUUCACAGCCUGCAUGCUAGCACAAACUGACCAUGACUUUAACUUCAGUUCAUGAACAAAACUUGACGAGGAGAACAAAAUCCUAAUCGUGAACAAAAAUCAUGAUUCAGUCAUGUUGAAAAUAACAUCGUACCCCUCAUAUGACUUUUCUAUACUAGUUCUGUUGUGGGUGGAUUUUCCUGUUAUUGAGCACCAGGUGAUGGUGAUUGUGACCAAAUGCAAAUUAGACUACUUCUUUCUGCCAAAUCGUUUUCUGUAAAAUAGUGAUGUUGCCACGUUAAAAAAGUUUUGUAAAUAUACCAUAUGUACACAAAGCACUUUACAACACGUAUCUUAUGCAAGCUUCUUUACAUAUAGAGGGUUAUGAUUUAUUAUUCUUCAUGGGAAUAUUUCUAAUAUAAAUAUAAUGCCUUAAUGCAAAGCGUUCAGAGGUGGGCUUUUUGUUUUUUUCAGAGAAGGGACUGCGUUUAAUUUUCCGGUCAAGUCUAAAAUCCCUAUAAAACCAAUCAGUUAAAGGUCAAAUCAGUGUCAUUUGAUUUACAGCUAAUAUUGCUUGAGAAAAAGUUUUAAUUAUUUAUUAUGCUGGAAACCAUCUUUAGAAUAUGCUAACCUCUCAGCUGGCCUGUAAGCCCUCUCUAUAGUGUUGUCUUUGCUCGCAGGGAUUGCUUUCUGACAUUAUUUUGCUGUCACAGGUCUUAACCUCAUUUAGUCAGCCUUCCAAAUAUAAACUAAAUGCAGUGUUAUGAAGCUACACAUCAUUCCUCCUGUGCUGUCACUAUUUAAGCAUUUUCAUCUCAUCAUUUUGAUUGAGAAAAAUUCACUUUCACAGAUCAAGUGCACAAAUGAGGAUUUGUUACUGGUCACUCUACCCAAGUCAUCAAAAUUAUGUUCUGCUAUUAAGUGACUUGAGAUAUUAUGCAUUUAUUAACUGACUGUAAUCGGUGCAUGUUUUAUCGAGCUAUAACGAGGAAUAAGUGGGUUUUACUAUCUUCUCUUAACAAUGUCGCUGUGGAUUACGCCUGGAGUGAAACGUCCCUCUUCUUGUAAUCCAGUCUAUUUUGUGUGCAGCAUUAGCCCCUGCUGUAAAGUUAGCACUCUGACCGUAGUCUGUGACAGUGGUCACCAUGUAGAACGGGAUAUUUUAAUGUUAAGACAAGCUUUUCUUAUAUUUUGUCUGUCUUUGUGAGAGAAUGACAAUAAUGGAUGCAAUAAAUGUUCUUAACUUUAA